UUCCGAUAAAGUUUGAGUACAAAUUCUUUUUAUGGGCAGGUUCUCAUUCUAUGCUUGAACGGGGUUUCAACUUUCAAGUUAUGAAUCAGUUCGCUUUAAGAGAGUAAUAACUCGAAAUAAUCAGUGGGAGCUGCAAAGGAGUGAGGUGGAGAGGAAGCAUAAAGAUAAUGAAAACCAGGUUGCUGAAAUUGUUAAUGAAAAGUGUGGGGAAUCGUAACUAUUGUCUCAGCAGUGGAGUCCCAAGAGAGAGAGUAGAUUGCGUGGUGAUUGGAGCAGGUGUAGUUGGAUUAUCAGUAGCCAGGGAGCUCGCCUUAAGAGGCCGACAGGUCUUAGUCUUAGACUCUGCUCCCACCUUCGGUACUGUCACCAGUUCUCGCAAUAGCGAAGUCAUCCAUGCCGGCAUCUACUACCCUCCUAAUUCCCUCAAGGCACGCUUUUGCGUAAGAGGAAGAGAGUUGCUGUACAAAUAUUGCUCUCAGCGUCAGAUUCCUCACAAGCAAAUUGGUAAACUAAUUGUUGCCACUGGACCUUCUGAGAUUCAGAAGUUGCAUUAUUUAAUGGAUUGUGGGAUUAAAAAUGGAGUUCAUGGUCUGAAAAUGAUGGAGGGUUCCGAAGCCAUGAGAAUAGAACCCGAAUUGAGAUGCUCGAAAGCCUUACUGUCACCAGUUUCUGGGAUUGUCGACACACAUUCCUUGAUGCUUUCUUUGGUGGGUGACGCUGAGAAUGGCGGCACAAUCUUCUCCUGUAACACAACUGUAAUUGGUGGCCAUGUAGAACAAGGUGAAUUGUGCCUUCAUAUUUCUCAAACCAAGCAUCUUGAAAUGUGCAAUGGAAAUACUUCACUGCAACCGGAGAUUGUACUCAUUCCUAAGCUUGUAGUGAACUCUGCUGGCUUGAGUGCCCCUGCUCUUGCUAAGCGAUUUGAUGGCCUCCAAAGUGCAGUUAUUCCCACUGCUUAUUAUGCUCGUGGCUGCUACUUCACCCUCUCUAAUACUGGAAUAUGUCCUUUCAAACAUUUGAUAUAUCCUAUACCAGAAGAUGGUGGCCUUGGAGUGCAUGUGACUUUGGAUUUAAAUGGUCAGGUCAAGUUUGGCCCCAAUGUGGAAUGGAUUGAUGGUAUUGACGACGUUUCAAGCUUCCUGAAUAAGUUUGAUUAUUCUGUAUGCACGAGUCACAUGAAGCUUUUUUACCAUGAAAUAAAGAAGUACUACCCCAAUCUAAAAGAUGAGAGCCUCGAGCCAGGUUAUGCAGGGAUUAGACCGAAGCUUUCAGGUCCUAGACAGCCUCCCGUUGAUUUUUUGAUACAGGGAGAGGAUAUUCACGGAAUAACUGGUCUUGUCAACCUUUUUGGAAUCGAGUCACCUGGCUUAACUUCAAGCAUGGCAAUUGCCGAGCACAUAGCCACAAUGUAGACCUACAACAUUGCACAUUAUAUGAAGACAAUGAUUUCUAUACUAGGAAUGAAGGUGGUGAUGAAGUAAUGUAUCUCAUCAAGGUGACUGCAAUUUGUAUUUCCUUCAACUUAGCCGUAAACACUUUAAAAGA